AUGUCAGAAAGGCAUUCAGGUCAAGCCGGCGCUGGAGCCGGAAAUGAGGUGGACUCUCCUGUUGUCAGGGUCAAGUCCUCCAGCUUUGGAGACCUUUAUUCCACAUCUUCUUUUCAAGAUAGUGGCUACAGUGAGCUGUUAAAAUCGUGCAGCUUUGAUAAUACAGAUAAAGAAUUAUUUGGAAAGAAAGAAAGAGGCUCAGCAUUGAUCCAUGAACAUCCUGAAACUUCAAGUUUGGCCUUAACCCAUAGUUUAGAGUCUCCCACUCAAAGAAAGAGGUUUGUCUUCCUCAGGAAGGAAAAUGAUAAAACCCCAGAACUUUGUGAAACUCCUAAAGUCAGUGGAAAAAAGCAUUUGCUGCGCAGAAGAUUGGACAUAUCUUUCUCUCUUCUAGACAGGGACUUUGAAUCACAGAACAGUUCCCUCGAAAGUAGUACAAGUCAAGUUCCCAAUUUAGAAAAAAAUUUUCCAAGCAGUGCUUCAGGCUUUCCAAGGCAAGAUAAUUUUAGUUCUUCAGUUACUAGCACUUUGAGAACAGAAGAAGUAACUUCCAGCAGUCAAAAAUUGAGACUUAAUUUUUCUCAACAGAAGACUUCCACAGUGGAUGAUUCCAAAGAUGACUGUGGCCUCUUUGAAGUUGAAUGUAUAUCUCCAAUUCAGGGCAGUAAUUUUAAAGACUCUAUCACACAUGACUUUAGUGACAGCAGUCUAUGUAUUAAUAAUGAGAAUACAUAUCCCGAACUUCUGGGCUUUUCUGUUGGUGGAACAAGCUGUAGAACAGAUGAGGACAUAUUUGUGACUCCAAUCAGUAAUCUCGUACCAAGUGUUAAAUUUAAUGCAAGCCGAAGAUUUUCUCCUUCAGCUGGAGUGAGACGCAAUAUUUCGACCCCUGAAGACAGCGGUUUCAGCUCACUUUGCUUGGAUAAAUCAGAAGAUUCCCUAUCUGAGCAAGAGGGCUCUUUCCAAGAACAUAAGGGAACUCUCAAAGUCAGGGACACCAUAAAAAAGUCAAGGCGUCUUGGAAGACUGAGAAGACUGUCCACCCUUCGGGAGCAAGGCUCACAAUCUGAGACAGAAGAAGAAAACCAGACCUACCUCUCUAGCUCUGAAUCAACACCAGCAACCGCUUCAGACAUUUCAGAGAGCCAGCCGAGCAGUGACAAUAAGUGUGAGGAUUUAAGCUUUAAGAAUUUAUCGAAGACCCCAGCCUUGCAAUUAGUGCAUGAGCUUUUUAUGAAAAGCAAAAGGAAGAGAUUCCAGCAAAACGGUGCACAUGAGUUGUUAGAAGAAAGGGACGGGGGGAAAAUAGCUGUACUAAAGUGUGUACUCGCAGGACUGAUUGGCAAGAAAAUGGGUAUAGAAAAACUGGACAUCUUAACAGAAUUAAAAUACAGAAAUCUAAAGCAUGUUCUUGCUAUGGUUUUAGAUUCCUUGACUGCAGAAAGCCUAUGUAGUGUUUGGAAAGUGAGCAGAAAUUGGCGUGAAAUUAUUGUUCAAGAUAAAAAAGCAAAUCAGAGGAGGAAAUUACAUAUCACACAACUGAAAACAGAUUCCGAGGGGGCUAUAUUAAAUGUUGAGGAUGCCGCCACUCGGCUCCAUCUCUUAAAUCGAUCAGCUUUAAGGUGUGUGCAAGCACAGGCUAGGACACCAGGUUUUCAGAAAGAACAAGCUUCAACAUUUUCUCCUUGGGGAGAAGUUUUGACACCUAUAGCAAGCUCUUCUGUUACUCACUUAAGUAGUAAACAGGAAGAAUAUGUCAAGGUUGCCAAAACACUUUUUAUUGAUGAAGCGUUAAAACCUUGCCCAAGGUGCCAGUCCCCUGCUAAGUACCAGCCUUAUAAGAAAAGGGGGCUGUGUAGCCGCGCAGCCUGUGGCUUUGACUUUUGUGUGCUGUGUUUGUGUGCUUAUCAUGGGUCUGAAGAAUGUAGUAGAGGAGCAGCAAAGCCAAGAAAUAGAAAAGAUGUUCUUCCAGGAAGUGCCCAGAGUAAGCGGAAUUUAAAACGCCUCUAA